AACAUCAUAAGUAAAGCAUCAUUUUAGUCUUAGCGAAGCCUGCCCACAAUUGAAUCUGUUCCACCGUCGCUGCUGCCACCACACUUGAAGCAGUGCUCAGUUUCAUUGGACUGGAAACACGCUCACCGUAGUCUUUAAUGGCUGGAGAGGGAUCGGCUGUCACAGAGGAGGAGAUAACGCUGACUGUGAAAUGGAGCGGAAAAGAGUACACUGUCCGAGUUUGCGGCGACGAUUCCGUCAGUGAGUUAAAGCGGCGAAUCAGCCAACUCACCAAUGUCUUGCCCAAACGCCAGAAGCUUCUCUACCCCAAACUCCUCGCUUCCAAGCUCGCCGAUGACUCUGUCUUGCUUUCUCAACUCCCACUCAAGUCUUCUCUGAAGAUGACCAUGAUUGGUACUGUGGAAGAUGAAAUCAUAGUGGACCAAUUGGAGUCUCCGGAGAUUGUUGAUGACUUUGAGCUUGGCCAAGAUGAAGCAGUCGAUAUCAAAGACAAGGAGGUUAAUAAGCAGAAAUUGAGGAGGCGCAUAGAUCAAUACAAGAUUGAUCUUCGGAAUCCAUGCCGUGAGGGGAAGAAACUGCUUGUUUUGGAUAUUGAUUAUACUCUAUUUGACCACCGGUCUACGGCUGAAAACCCUCUUCAACUUAUGCGCCCUUAUCUUCAUGAAUUUCUUACGGCUGCUUAUGCGGAAUAUGAUAUCAUGAUUUGGUCUGCAACCAGCAUGAAGUGGGUUGAAUUGAAAAUGGGACAACUUGGAGUACUCAACAAUCCUAACUACAAAAUCACAGCUCUUCUAGACCACUUAGCAAUGAUUACUGUCCAAUCAGAUACUCGCGGAAUCUUCGAUUGCAAGCCUCUAGGCUUGAUUUGGGCUCAUUUUCCUGAGUUCUACAGCUCAAAAAAUACUAUCAUGUUCGAUGACCUGAGAAGAAAUUUUGUGAUGAAUCCUCAAAAUGGCUUGACAAUCAAGCCAUUCAAGAGGGCUCAUUCAAGCCGUGAGAGUGAUCAAGAACUUGUGCGACUAACCGAAUAUUUACUUGCCAUUGCUGAACUUGAUGACUUAAGCACCCUAGAUCAUAGUAAAUGGCAGUUUUUUAACGAGGACAGUGUGAAAAGACGGAGGCAUGCUUGAUUAAGAGUAAGAAUUUUGGAAGUCUUUAGUUUGUUGCUCAUCUCCACUAUUUGAGGGAUGUCAACUUUUGUUUCUGAUAAAGUUCAAGCGUCCCUUUUUUCCCUCCAUGGUGAUGGUGGUGUGAAUUAUUAUUUGUCAUUUCUGUUAAAAUUUAUGUGUUUGAAUGGUAAAGAGCUGCUCUUCAAUUAUUGAGAGGAUUUCUGACUA